AUGCUUAUUAAAAAUGUAGUUUCAAAUUUAAUGCAAUCUGGAGGAAAAAGAAUACGGCCAUUGUUUGUACUAGCUUUCAAUAAAUUGUGCUCAAAUUCUAUUCCAGAAGACUUGAAUAUAAUUGCAGCUUCUAUUGAAUACAUACAUACAGCAACACUCUUACAUGACGAUGUGAUUGACAAUAGCGAUUCAAGAAGAGGAAAAUCUACAGCACAAAAAUUAUGGGGAAGCAAAGCAAGCGUACUAGUUGGAGAUUUCUUGCUUAGCACCGCAUUUAAAUGGCUUGUAUCUUCCAAUAAUUCCGAAAUACUUAAAAUAGUGUCAGAAACUUCUGUUGCAAUCUCACGCGGAGAAAUAAAACAGCUGGUUUCGAAAUUAGACUUCAACUCACACACUUAUUAUGACGUGAUACGCUCAAAAACAGCAGUAUUAUUUGCAGCAUCUUGCGAAAUUGGAGCUGUAGCAGGUGGAGCAAAUUACGAACAGAGAUGUGCAGCAUACGAGUUUGGAUUAAACUUUGGUAUAGCAUUUCAAAUAAUUGACGACAUAAUGGAUUAUGUAGGAACUGAGACAGGUAAACCUUCUGGAGCAGAUUUUAUGAAUUCUAGAAUAACUCUACCAUUGAUAUUAGCCUAUCAGGAAUAA